AUGAAGGCGACCUUUUCGUCAGCGCUGCCAUUUUUGGCAUGCGUCGCGCCCUCAAUGGCGACCUUGAAGGCUAGAGAUAUCCAUAAACGGUCGAAGCAUUUCGGUCUCAAAACGGCAUCGAUGGAAAAUCUCGACCUGGUCGGCAACGCCACAUUCGAACAGUAUGUGGACCAUUCAGACCCAUCCUUGGGGACAUUUGAGCAGAGAUAUUGGUGGGAUGGAUCGAAUUACAAGACUGGCGGACCUGUCUUUCUAUUCAAUCCCGGAGAAUCGGCAGCUGAUGGCAUGAUUGGUUACUUGGGCAAUGACACGGUCCCAGGCCGCUAUGCUCAAGAGUUCAAUGGUGCCGCUAUCGUUAUUGAGCACCGCUACUGGGGAAAGUCCGUGCCAUUCGAUACCCUCACUGCCGAGACAUUGCAAUACCUAAAUCUGCCUAACGCGAUGAAGGACAUGACGAACUUUGCGCUCAAUGCCGACCUCGAGUUUUGCGAGGAGGGUGAUUGCAAUGCCAACGAUGUCCCUUGGGUCCUCGUUGGUGGUUCUUACAGUGGCGCCCUUGCGGCGUGGACUUCUCAAAAGGAGUCUGGUGUCUUCCACGCAUACCACGCAUCGUCGGCUGUGGUGGAGGCAAUCUACGAUUUUUGGGAGUACUUCUCUCCUAUUCAGCAGGCACUGCCAACCAACUGCAGCAAUGAUGUGAAGGCAGUUGUUCAGCACAUUGACUACGUCUUCGAGAAUGGUGAUGAUGACGACAUCCAGGAGCUCAAGGAUAAGUUCAACCUCGGGGACCUCAACGCCAUGGACUUUGCCGACACGGUUGCCAACCCCAUUUCAGAAUGGCAAGGCGACCAGGACGCGGUUAUUGAGUUUUGCGACUACCUCGAGACGUCGGGAGGCCACAGCAAGGCAAUCUUGAACAACGGCGCUGGUAUUGGCUUGGUCGCUGCACUUGAUGCGUAUGCCGCCUACAUCAACAAGACAGCUGGAUGUGGUGAUGGCGGCGAGGAUUGCAAUACAUGGAACGAUCAGAUCCAGUGGGACACGCCAGAUGAGCUGGACGACAACAGACCUUGGCAAUGGAUGCUUUGUAACGAACCCUUUGGGUGGUACCAGAAUGGACCACCGGAGUCAGAUGGUACUAACAUUGUCUCCGCUCAACUUCGCCCUGAGCAGUAUGCUCGGCGCUGCCCGCUCACCUUCCCCGAGACCAACGGGUAUGUAUCCGGCAUGGUGACUGGCUUCACUGAGGAGCAUCUCAAUGCCUACACCCAGGGCUGGGAUGCAGCGUACAAGCGCGUCUUCUUCGUCAAUGGCGAGUUCGACCCUUGGCGAUCCGCCACGCUGUCCAGCGACUAUAGACCUGGCGGCCCUGUCAACACAACCGACGCUCCGGUCUAUAUUGUCAAGGGCGGAGUGCACGUCCCCGAGUUGUUCAUCGACGAGGACGACGAGAACACGUGGCCGAUCAUCCAAGCUGCUCUCGAGCAAAUGCGCUGCUGGCUUGAUGAGUGGGAGAAGCCAUCAAAGGCGUAG